AACACAAUGACUGGUGCGUCAAAACCACAUCACCCACAAGAAGAAGCGAAUUUCAUAUCCAGGCUCAUAUUUUGGUGGAUUUUCCCGCUACUAUGGAAAGGCGCCCGCAAUCCACUGACUCACGAAGAUCUUUACCUGCUCAGGAAGGCGGAAACAUCCGGUCAGCGGACUGACCUUUUGGAAGAAAAAUGGCGCGAAGAAAUACUAUCUGCGCGGAGUCUGAGCAAAGAGCCCAAACUUUGGCGGGCAAUAUUUAGAUAUUACACAUUUCAGGAAUAUUGGUAUUUUGUACCCUCUGGUCUGGCGUAUCUCUUGGGCGAUAAUAUAGUUUGGUUUGCAGCUAUCAACCUAUUGCGUCAGCUCACUAGUUUCCAUGAUGAGUCACGUGGUGAAUAUUUCAUUUAUAUCUACGGCAUAGCGAUCGGAUCUUUGAUGAAGCUGAUUGGUCAAAAUCAUUUGCAUUUGCAUGGUGCUGUCCUUGGAGUGCGGGCUCGUGCUGCCAUCUUGGGGUUGUUGUAUAGAAAGGUAAGGUUCACUUAACCUAGUCCCAGGCCUUCUCGCGGCCAAGCCCACUGAUCUGCCGGGCCGGGUUCGAUUCUCUUGUUGCCCACUCGUGUGAAAAGUAUUAAUAGUAUAAACAACGUUUUAAGAAAGUAAUAUCACAAUUGACUUGUUGUAAAGAUAAAAUAGUCUUGGAUAGGUAUGUAAUUAGGUAAGCGUAAUACUUGAUGUAAAAGGGCAUUUACGCUAUAGAAAUGUUAAUCUCAAUCUCACAUGUGAAAAUAAUGUAGUGUUCCCUUAGUAUUCGCGUUAUCCUGUAAACUUUUUCAGAUCGACUAUACAUAUCUUUUCAGAUUUUGCGCCUGAGUAAGAUAUCCUUGGACAGCGGUCAUGUGAUGGAAUUAGUAUGCAAUGAUUCUCAGAGAAUAAUUUUCACAAGUGCUGAAUGGUUUAUUCCUUACGCUAUUCGACAUGCCCUGUACAGCGCAUGCGUAAUAGCAUGGUUGCUGUACUUCAUCGGUUGGCAAAUUAUCCCCGGUGCCUUGUUCCUAUUGGCUCUCGGGGUAGUACGUGGGUUGCUGAACAAAUUCGACUAUAAACUACGUAAUUGUGCUUCGCAAUUGUCGGACGAACGACUUGGGGUGAUUCGAGAGACACUGACCUUAAUACAUUCUUUGAAACUGAACUGUUGGGAAAACAUUUAUGAAGAGAAAAUACGGCAGACUCGGUGGUAAGCGUAAAUGUUUUUGUAUUCAGAACUGAUGGUGGCAGUGGUUACUGCCUGUAUUUUACAUCCUUGUGACGGGACAGUAGACAGCCAUCUGAUUCAAUUCUUAAUAAGAGGGGACUGCAUACCUCCGCAAGCAAAUUAAGUUACAGGCAUAAUUAAUGGACUAAUUAUGCAUUAUUCAGGUUACUCUGCCUGAGAAAGCAAGACAAACUGUUCAACCAAAAUUUAAUCGAUCCUUGGAUUAUUUCUAUUAACCUCACAAAUUUUUGUAUUAAAGCGUUGGAUAUUCAGUUUUGAGUUUCGCGCUGACAAACACAAACACACACAAACCUAGUUGCACGCGAGGGGAGCGCUUAUUACAGUUUCCUCCUGCAGUAACACUUCAUCGAUAGAGGAAUAGCAUUUAUAGGGAUUCAGUUUUGGUUCAGCCAAACACCGCAGAUUUACCUCUGGUGAUUCUCCCUGUAGUAACACUGAACCAAUAACAAAUGGAAUAUGAACAAUACUGAACCUCCGGAAAGAAUAGUUAGACAAAACCGGCCGAACUAUCCAGCAUAAAUAAGGUUAGAUUAGUUUAUGUUUCCUCCUGUAGUAACACUGGAUCAAUAAGAGGAUCCUUACUGGACCUCUAGAGAGAAAAGUCUAGAACUUAUCAGUAGAGCUAUCCAGCAUAAAUAAAGCAUUAUCCAGUAUAAAAAUAUAUUUAUUAAAGUUUAAAAACAUUUUUUCCCUCUAGGAAAGAGAUCAAAUUCAAAGCCAAGCGUUGGAUCAUAAUGCUGACAUGCUACUCAUUUAUUUCAUGUGGACAACACUUAGGCACAUUCAUUACAGUCUUGGUUUUAACUCUCACACAAAAGGAAAACAUUCCCAACCUCAAUUUUUUCGCAAUAAUCGCGCUAUUUCGCGAACUGAGCGAAAUGCUAUGCCUGUGCCUUCCCACUUCGAUUCGUUACAUUACCGACGUUCGUGCUGCCUUGCAACGCAUGCAAGCAUUUCUACAAAGAACCGAGUAUUUUAAUAUUGAAUAUGAUCCGAAAAUCACGACUCAAUUCAAUAUUAAAAAUAUUCCUACUGGGACAGUCAGUAAAGACUCUGCCAAGAUUCCAUUGUUACGCUCAGAAACCUAUACAUGCACACAAGAAAACAUUUUGCCCAAAAAAUCAUUAGCUGCAAAUCAAAAGCACGAGCCACCAUAUCUUAUCUUACAUGACGUGACCUGCAAAAUUCCCCAACGAAUUUUGCCCCAGUCUCCCGAAUCAAACCGCGCGAAAAUAUUGAAUGACGUCACGCUUAACGUAGCUACUGCAGGAUUGGUGCUAGUCUGCGGUUCAGUGGGCAGCGGUAAGUCGUCGCUUUUGGCAACCGUUCUCGGCGGAGAGCUCCUGGUAACGAACGGCUUCGUGAAGUACUCGGGAACUCUCGGUUAUGUUUCGGACACCCCUUGGGUUUGCCCCGGAACUAUUCGUGAGAAUAUAUUAUUUGGCUUGCCUUACGAAGAAAAAUUGUAUGCUGAAAUAAUCCGAGCUUGUCAACUGGAAAAGGAUUUCAAAACAUUUCCCCAGCAGGAUUUAGCUCUUAUCGGAGAACACGGUGCGACAGUAAGUGGUGGUCAGCGGACACGUAUCGCCCUGGCACGCGCAAUAUACUCACAGGCCGAUAUAUAUUUACUGGAUGAUCCGCUGAGCUCGUUAGAUGCAAAAGUCGCGGAAAAUGUGUUUCGGUGAGUAGGUUUGGACGGGACAGUAGAGAGGUUGAGAUUUGACUUCCAGUCAUCCGCUACCUCUCACUGGCUUAGUACGCAUCUGAUUGGUUAAUCGGAUAUAUCAAAUGCAUCUGAUUGGUUAAUCGGAUAUAUCAGACGCAUCUGAUUGGUUAAUUGUCCCUUAAUGGUAGCGGUAGUGGAAGUCAAAUCUGAACCUCGUUGGUGUAUCAAGAAAGUCCACCCAUGCUUGCAUAAAUCUGUCUCUGGACUGCCCCCAAACGAAUCUAGAUCUGAAGCACAGUCCAAAAUUUUUUUUUCACAGGCAGUGUAUCAAGGGAUUACUAGCAGAUCGGAUUGUUCUUCUGACAACACAUGAUACCCGAUAUUAUCACGAAGCCGAUCAUAUCGUUCAUUUAAAAGGCGGGAAAAUCGAAGAACUCAAAGCUGAACUCACAUUGGCUGAACCAGAGUUGGAUCAACGGAACGGAACGCCUGACGGGGGAGACCACGACGUGUGGGGUGACCCCAGUGAACCGGGGGAAGCGGAGACGUUGAACCUUGAAGAAGAAGAGCGUGAAACUGGGAGAGUGGCAUUCAAAGUUUACAAGGAAUAUUUCUUGUACGGAGCCUCGGCAAUUGUUUUAUUUAUUAUUGCUUUGCUAUUCUUUUCCGGUCAAGGUAAAGAAAUAUUAGAGACCUUAAGAUUGACGUUUACGGCAAACAUCAAACCGCUAGCGCAGUUUUUGAUUUUACAACUCUAUUAUUAUAGCUUUUACACCAGUUUUGAAAUAUGUUAGACUUAUUAAACUUGUGCUCUUUAGCAAUGAUUUAAGAAAGCAAAUUAACCACAAAUCAUGCCAUUCACCAAAGCAGUACAUUAAGAUUUGGCGUUUGAAGUUGACGUUUGGCGUAUAAAUUUCAUGCUUUAACGACUACAAGCCCUCGUAGCAGUUCAAGCAUGAAAUUUAUACGCCAAACGCCAACUUCAAACGCCAAAUCUUAGUUUACUCCUUUGGUGAAUGGCAUGACUAGUGGUUAAUUUGCUUUCUUAAAUCAUUGCUAAAGAGCACAAGUUUAAUAAGUUUAACAUAUUUCAAAACUGGUGUAAAAGCUAUUAUAAUAGAGUUGUAAAAUCAUAAACCUCUCUAGCGGUUUGACGUUUGCCGUAAACGUCAAUCUUAAGGUCUCUAAUGAUACAGUUGAAUCUCUCUAAAACUCCGUAAAGACGAGCAUUAAGUUUUCCAUGACAAGUUUACCUUCUCAUGCGUACGGUCAACCAGUUUUCCUUGACAACUUUUCCUUGACAAAUUUCCCUUGACAAAUUUCCUAGACAAAUUUCCCUGACAAGUUUUCCCUGACAACUUUUCCUUGACAAGUUUUCCCUGACAACUUUUCCUUGACAAGUUUUCCCUGACAACUUUUCCCUGACAAAUUUUCCUUGACAAAUUGUCCUUGACAAAUUUUCCUUGACAACUUUUCCUUGACAACUUUUCCUUGACAACUUUUCCUUGACAAAUUUUCCUUGACAAAUUUCCCUGACAAGUUUUCCCUGACAACUUUUCCUUGACAACUUUUCCUUGACAAAUUUCCCUUACAAGUUUUCCCUGACAACUUUUCCCUGACAACUUUUCCUUGACAACUUUUCCCUGACAACUUUUCCGUGACAACUUUUCCUUGACAACUUUUCUUUGACAAAUUUCCUUGACAAAUUUCCCUGACAAGUUUUCCCUGACAACUUUUCCUUGACAAAUUUCCUUGACAAAGUUCCCUGACAAGUUUUCCCUGACAACUUUUCCUUGACAACUUUUCCCUGACAACUUUUCCUUGACAAAUUUUGUUGCUUGUGUGCACGGAAUUUACACUUGCAAUUUUUGCUGCGAUUUCUUCUUCUGAUGAAUGUGAACGAGUGAGUGAAUGUUCAGAUGACGUAACCGUGGAUGAGGGUACAUAUACUCAGAGCAAAAAUUGCGAGUGUAAACGGGCCUUUAAAUAUGUAUCUCAUGCCAAGGCUGUCUUUUCUUGUACACUUGUCAAGCUUUCCUUGGCAGCCGUACACACGAACAAAUUUUCCUUGCCCAAAUGAUGACAUGACUAGCUUUGGAACAAGGCUCCCUUGGCAAGGAAAAUUGUCAAUUUUUUGCUACGCACGCACGAGCAAAUAAAACUUGUGAAGGAAAAAACUUUAAAGCACUAAAUCUUGAAUUCUUCUGUAUAGGUUUCAUAGUUCUAGUGGAUAUUAAAGCUUCCCGUUUACCGGUGUUAGCUGGCCAAGGCGAGGAGAGUUUCAACCACGCAAUACUAGUGUACACGUUAUGUCUGUUUGCUGGGGUAGUAUUAGUGGUUCUGGGUACGCUGUCGAUAUUCCUGGUCUUGAUGAAUGCUGCUUACAAGGUAUAGCAGAAAGCGUUAACGUUAUAACCAUUGUGAUGUUAACACAUAGGUGGGCAAAUCACCUUUACUUGCAGCUGAGGACUAAGCUGAAUUACAAAGGACGCAGCUCAACCUGAUCGAGUAUAUACAAGGUUGCCUCUGGCUGGCAUGGUAUGACUCAUGUGUGAUCACAGCUAAGGGGCUGUUUAUAUGGUCCCGCUUACCCUGGAUUCAAUAAGUAUCUCAAACUCAUUAAUAAUUCAUGAGCAAAUUAGCGAAUGAACUCACCCUAAUUCGUCACAUGAUUGAGGUUGGAUACCGCAAGGAAACACGCUAAAAAUCAUAUACCAUCACUGUUGUUAGAUGAAAAACGGUUUUCAUCUAAUAACUGAGAUCCUAAUUACAAAUUCAAGUCAAAACACAACAAUAUACUAUAAUAAUAUAUAUAAGCCAAUGAAAUGUUUUCGUUUGAGAUGUUGUCUAAACAACUCGUUUCUCGUGUUUCAUCAGGGGACCAAACACUCGAAAACAAUAAAACACUCGCGCUUCGCGCUCGUGUUUCAUACAGUUUUCUCGUGUUUGGAUCCCCUGAUGAAACACUCAAACUCGUUGUUUACAUAUAACGUGAAGUAUUUUGAGCAAUUGAAAUACGUUUUUCAGCCCUAAACAAAAGUUAGAUAACUUUAAAUAUUGUUUAAACGAAAUUAGGAACGCGCUGGAAGUUAUGUAGAUUAAUAACAUUCAACAACAUUUGUUUUUUGUCUAAAACAUGGAAUUUCAUACAAUUUGUAACAAGCAAUUUUGUUUGCGACUUAUUUAAAUUGCUCAAAUUACGUCACACUUCAUUGAAUCCCGGGUAAGCGGGGCCAUAUAAACAGCCCCUAAGAUGAAAGAAUCAGCUUGGAAUUUAUUCUAAUUCAACAUUUCCUUCAAGGAAAUGGAAAGAAAUAGGAAUACCACGAGAAAGCCCACGACUUUGGGUAGAGCGAUAAUCGACCUUUCCACAUACGAGACAUUAAAUCUUUUCAACAAGUUGUACCAUGAAUGUACUGAUAAUUAUCUCAUCUGCUAUAUUUCAGGUUCACAACAAGAUGGUAACAUGCCUGCUCAAAGCCCCGCUGUCGUUCCACGCUGUCAAUCCGGUUGGACGAGUUAUAAACCGGUUUUCCCAAGACAUGAACAAUCUGGACGAACUACUGCCAUUCUACAUCUUCAUGGUGUGUCAUUAUGCCGCGCCAGCUGUAGCAACAAUUUUGCUCGCUGCCAUAACCACUCCUCUGUUAAUCAUCCCUGUCUUGCUAGCGUUACCAGUCUUUUAUUUCUUUUCCAAAGUCUAUUUCACGUCAGCUACUGAUAUAAAACGACUCAUGUCCGUUGCUGGCAGCCCUAUCUACUCUCAUUUUUCUAACACUCUGGAAGGAUUGCGAAAUAUCCGGGUGUAUGGACGACAGAAGGACUUUACAAAUCAAGUUUUCAGGUUUGCGCUUUUCUAUCAGUUUUUAUUCAGAGAGUUGGUUUGUUUGGGUUUCGUUCAUUAAUAGUUGGUUAGAUAGUUUGAACGUUAGUUUUGGUAAUCAAUUAAAUAGUUGGCUUAGUAAGAUUCGUAGUUAUAGUUCUUGGUUGAUUAGCUGCUUUACUAAUGAAUUAAUUAGCUUUUUACGUUAGCUAAUAAUCUCUUGUCAAUUUCCUAGUUAGCUGGUUGGUGAGUUAGUUGGCUACUAUUUUUCUGUAAUAUAAUAUAAUAAUCGAAUGGUCUGUGCCAAUUAGUUAAUUAAUUAGUUAUUAUUCAAUUAGUUAGCUAAUCAGUUAGUUGAUUAAUUAGUUAGUUAAUUAAUUAAUUAAUUAGUUAACUAGUAGUUAAUUAGUUAGUUAAUUAGUCAGUUAGUUAAUUAAACAAUUAAAAAAUAGUUAGUUAAUUAGUCAGUUAGUUAAUUAGCCAGUUAGUUAAUUAGUCAGUUAGUUAAUUAAUUAAUUAGUUAGUUAAUUAAUUAAUUAGUUAGCGUGUCAGGUUGAUAGUUAAAGUAAAGGUCAGUAAACAUCAUUUAGUCAUCAGUUAGAUGAUUAAUUCGUUAGUUAAUUAGUUAAUUAAUUAGUUAGUUAACUAGUAGUUAAGUAGUUAGUUAAUUAGUCAGUUAGUUAAUAAAUUAAUUAGUUAGUUAGUUAAUUAAUUAGUUAGUUAAUUAGUCACUUAGUUAAUUAAUUAAUUUGUUAGUUAAUUAAUUAGUUAGCGUGUCAGGUUGAUAGUUACAGUAAAGAUGAGUAAACGUCACUCAGUCAUCCAAACUCUGACACUGGUUGCCACCCUACCAUUCAAUAUUUCAGACACAUAGACGAGCAUCACAGGGCAGUGCUUUGCAGUUAUACAGCAAUUCGUUGGUUCGCGAAUGUUUUCAGUAUUAUCUGUGUCACGCUUGCAACGAUCAUAACAGUUAUUGUGGUGCAUUUCAUAACGGACUCUCUCUCGGCAGGUAUGUACAUCAAAAGUCAAUAUCCUAACCUCGACCAGGAAACGAGGUUGGCUUAGGAAGAGUGCAGCUGACCACUCAGGUCUACAGGCGCGGUUUACGCAAUUUUUUCUGCAAUUUCUAAUGCGUUAUUCUUCUUCUAAUGUACAUGAAUGAGUAUACGAGUUAAGAAUGUUCUGUUGUUUUUCAGCACUGGGCGCAGUGACUAUACUGUAUGCAAUCAACACGACACAGAUGAUUGACUACGUUGUCAGGGUAACAGGUGACGUCAACUCACAGAUGACUUCAGCAGAACGGGUGUUGGCUUACACAAGAAUCCAGCCUGAACGCGGGCAAGAUUCGCCUAAAACACCUCCCAGAAAUUGGCCACACACGGGCGCGAUCGAAUUCAGGGAUGUUUCGCUCUGGCACUACACAGGAAGUCCAAACGCUUUAAAGAAUAUUUCGUUCAAGAUAAACUCGUCGGAAAAGGUCGGAAUAGCGGGGAGGACUGGUGCGGGAAAAUCGUCUCUAGUGGCCGCGCUCAUGCGCCUGGCGGAGACCCGGGGCGAGAUUAUGAUUGAUGGUUUAAAUAUUGAAGACUUCAAUGUGCUUUCAACUCGAAAAUGUUUGUCAGUUAUCUCACAGUCGCCUACACUAAUUAAUGGUACAAUUCGAUUAAAUCUGGACCCAUUAGCCCAACACACAGACACUGAAAUAUGGCAAGCUUUGAAUCGCACGAAAAUGAGUUCUACAGUUAAAAAUCUUCCAAAAACACUCGAUUCUGAGCUAGACAAUGAUAACUCAAGUCUCAGUGUUGGUGAAAAACAGCUGUUAAAUCUGGCACGAGUUUUACUACAGAACAACAAAAUUGUAAUAUUCGACGAAGCGACCGGAAAAAUAGAUGGAAACACCGACCAAGAAAUUCAGAGGAUAAUUAGUGAAGUUUUUAAGGAAUGUACGGUGAUUACAAUUGCGCAUCGUUUGAGUACGAUAUUAGACUGCGAUCGGGUAAUGGUUUUAGAUGAAGGAGAAAUUAGGGAAUUUGAUCAACCUGAGAUACUGUUGAACAAACCAAGUGGAUUGUUAAAACAAUUGCAGGAAAUAAAAUGA